CUCAAAAAAUCUCACAAUCUUUCUCCAAAGGAGCAAAUUUCUUCCGAUAGAGAGAAAUGGAACAAAGUGUCUGCGAAGAUUUUGUAUUUAUCAGUGUUUUUUAUCAGGAGUUUUCCGUUCUAAGGGCUCGAACCCGAGCUCUCCGGUUAGAACUGGAUGGAUCUUCCUUUCCACCGCACCCCUCAGUGGCUUUGUAGUUGAGGUGGGAAAGUUUGUGGCUAAAUGCAUCUGUCCAAAGAUUGAAAAUACCGUCCAUUUCUCAUCAAAUAUGAAAAAUCUGGGGGAGAAAAUGGAGAAGCUAAGAAAGUUCAGAGAUGAUAUCAAAGAGAAGGUGGAAGGGGCUGACGGAGAAGGCUAUAAACAAAAACGAGAUGUUCUCAAGUGGCUCAAAGAUGUUCAAAAGCUAGAGGGUGAAUGGGAAUCUAUGCAAGGAAGCAUUGCAGCAGCUAAGACUCAUGCAUAUAAAUGUUGUCCAAAAUGCAGCCUUCGCUCGGAAGUCUCUGCUCAAGCACGAAACAUACUAGAUCAACUUUGCGAGCUUAAAAAAAUGGGAGAAAAUUUUGGAUCCAGUUUGUUGGUAGAAAAUUACCAGGUGAAAAAAGUGGAGUUCAUCCCAGGACCAUCAAUAGAAG